AUAUUUAUAAAACUUCAUUUUAAAAGUGGUGAGUGAAGAGUUCGUAUUAAGUUCAACGCGAAAUCAAUUGAAUUUGAUAAUUAUUUCCGAUUAACAUAUGAUAUUAAGUAUGCUUACUUCCCGAAUAAACUCUACAAAAGUGAAAAUUUCAUCAUAAAUCGACAAUUCAUGAGGUGAUUUUUCGAAGGAAAAUCUAUUGGCUUCUACUGUAGUAGGAGCAUUUAUUGGGUUUUAUAAAUCCUGUUGAAUAUUAGUAUAAUAUAUAUUGAGCGAAAUCAUGAUGACCGACACUUUGACUCCAAAUAAUCAUGUUAUUGCCCUACCCGGCAAACUCGAUAUUGAUAACCAAACAGCAAGUCCACCUACAAAUAAUGAUGAUUUAGGGUGGAAAUCGAAGCUUAAAAUACCCCCGAAGGACCGAAGAAUUCAAACUAGUGAUGUAACAGAUAGACGAGGAAACGAGUUUGAGGAGUUUUGCCUCAAGAGAGAACUGUUGAUGGGAAUUUUCGAGAAAGGAUGGGAGAAACCGUCGCCAAUUCAAGAAGCGUCCAUUCCAAUUGCCCUGUCAGGCAAAGACAUAUUGGCGAGGGCCAAAAACGGCACAGGAAAGACUGGCGCGUACAGUAUACCCGUACUGGAACAAAUCGACUCGAAGAAAGACUGCAUUCAGGCGCUGAUAAUCGUCCCGACCAGAGAACUAGCCCUGCAAACGUCGCAAAUUUGUAUUGAACUUGCCAAGCACAUGAAUGUUCGAGUCAUGGUGACAACGGGCGGAACUAACCUGAGGGAUGAUAUCAUGCGCAUAUAUCAAAAGGUACAAGUUAUAAUCGCAACUCCAGGUCGUAUACUGGAUCUGAUGGAGAAAAAAGUUGCAGAAAUGGAUCAGUGCAAGAUACUUGUCCUGGACGAAGCGGACAAGCUCCUAUCGCAAGACUUUAAGGGUAUGCUCGAUGUGGUUAUCAAGAAUCUUCCGCAGGAAAGGCAAAUACUGCUGUUCUCUGCCACCUUUCCCCUGACCGUUGAGCAGUUUAUGAAGAAGCAUCUGAGGGACCCGUACGAGAUUAAUUUGAUGGAAGAGUUGACACUUAAGGGGGUCACACAGUAUUACGCGUUUGUGCAAGAGCGUCAGAAAGUUCACUGUCUCAAUACUCUAUUCUCAAAGUUACAAAUCAACCAAAGUAUUAUUUUCUGCAAUUCCACGCAACGGGUUGAAUUACUGGCGAAAAAGAUCACCGAGCUCGGCUACUGUUGCUACUACAUCCACGCGAAAAUGGCGCAGGCGCACAGAAACCGGGUUUUCCACGAUUUCCGGUCGGGUCUAUGUCGCAAUCUAGUCUGCUCUGAUCUUUUCACGAGAGGUAUUGAUGUACAAGCAGUGAACGUCGUGAUCAACUUCGACUUUCCGAAAAUGGCGGAAACGUACCUUCACCGUAUCGGCAGAUCCGGAAGAUUCGGUCAUUACGGUCUCGCGAUCAACCUAAUCACCUACGACGACAGAUUCACCCUGCAUCGCAUCGAACAAGAACUGGGUACCGAGAUCAAGCCCAUACCGAAAGUGAUCGAUCCCAAGCUUUACGUCGCCUCGAAAUUGGAAGACGACGACGAUGACGAUGACGAGAAAUAAAACCACCGCCCCCGCCCCGGUUACUUAAAUCUCGGAUCGACGAGUGGAUUUUCGACCGUUCCGAUCUCCUAGUAGUUCCAAUAUUAUGUAUAAUAUUUAUCAGAGAACAUAGUUUCAGUUGAGUUAUUUUUUACGUGAGAGAAUUUCUAAACGGAAAGUGUCCGAUGCUCAAUUCGUUGUUACUCGAAAAAAAAACACGGUUAAGAGGUUUAUUUGAAAAAAAAAAAGACUCGCAAGUGAAAUCUUAGUGAAAGUGGAAGGGUAUUUAUGUACAAAUUGAAAAAUAUUUUAAUAUUCUCGCAUCCGCCUUUAAGUAUUUCCUCGGUAUUCGUUGAACUCUCGAUAAGAUAUCCUUCAGAUAUCGACCGAUUUUCUGUAAAAUAUCAUUUUUCAAAAAUCCGAUUGAAAGAAACCUCCCAAGAAGUCGGUUGUUGGUCGAAGGAUAUCGUAUCAAAAUUUUUGGAUUUGUGUAAGUUACCCAUACAAUUUCAAAACGACGCUAUGUCGAGUCUAAAUGUUUAUAGGCUGAUCGAAAAUAUUAAAAUGUUUUAAAACUGGGGAAUUUUAUUGAAUUUUCAAUAACUUAUUCACAUCUAAAUCUCCAAAAAUUCAAUAAAAAUCUCGAGUUUUGCGAGAUUAAGAGACGUUACAACAAGUGCAACAAGACUGGACUAUAAAUGUGCUUUGAAUUAAAAAAAAAUUGAGUGGAGAUAGGGACUCCGAAUGUUUGUGAAGAAGUGAGUAAAAUGAAGAUGAUUUACUCGUAUCUGAAGAAAAAUAGUAAUUAUGUAAAUAUGAGGAGAUUUUUCUGGACGUUAGUUAGGAUCUUCUAACGUUGAGACUAGUCAAUCAUGUACCUUCCUUAUAGGAAGAAAUUGAAAGAAAAAAAAGAUCAAAAUCUCAAACGAUCUGUGAUAGCUUAAUAAUUAUUUGAUAAUUAAAAGGCUUUCCUUGGUCGUUUUUACGAUGUGCAACAAAAUUGUAAAUUUUCAUCUCUCUCUUUUGGUGGAUUUUCAAAAUUUAGCUUUUGUUUUGGUCUUUUUCAAUAAAAAAAAAUUUAACACGAGAUGAAAAUAUAAAAAAAGUAUUGUACGAUGUCUGAAGCCAUCCAAACUAUUUCCUUGGAAGUAGUUUCGAAGUGAUCUUAUUGAAAGACUUCUGUUUUUUAUAGGGGGGGAGAACUUUGUACUAUUUAUGACAUAUAAUGUUAUUUGUAUGCUGAAGUUAUUUAUAAUUUUUCUUCAAUAUACAUUUUUCCAAAAGGGUAACAAAUUUUCGCAUACAUCUAACAUAAAUUAUUUUGUUAUAGAAAAAUCUAAAAAAAAAAUACGUGAAAGGUAUUUGCUUAAUUCCAAAGCAAAGUAUUUUUGAAAAUUGAUCGCAGCCAAACUAUCAACAUUUGUUAUUUCCGACUUUUUGUUUCCCUGAAUUUUUCUACAAAAUUAAAUGCCUUUCACACC